AUGGUUUCCUCUCAGUUUUCUGGUAUGAGUGUGGGUGGCAUGUGUAAACCGUUGCUCUUUCCUGUUAAUGAUCCUGGUACUGUAACCACGGAUCACGUUGAGAUGGAUUUCUCUGAUGUUUUUGGUCCUCUUACUGUUGAAGUCAAUAGCAAUGAUAAUCAUUCUUUUGAUUCUGUUGAUGAAUUGAGCGAGCUGGUUUAUGAUGACCCAGAAGUCAUCUUUGCUCGUUCGCAUUCUUUGGUUGGUCCUUCUAAUUGUGUUAGUCAGUCACUUAAACUCAGUAAGCUCACCAUACACGAGUCUGACUCGGACAAUUCGUUGGAACUAGUGGAGAGUGUUACUGAAGAGACCAUUGAAGACAUCAAAGAGGUUAUCAAUGAGGAAUCCUUGAAUGAUGAAGACAGGAGCCUGUUGGAGAUCCAAAGAGUUAGCAUUGAUGAUUUUGAGGUUUUGAAGGUUGUGGGGCAGGGUGCAUUUGCUAAAGUAUAUCAGGUGAGGAAAAAGGGCACUUCUGAAAUAUUUGCUAUGAAGGUUAUGCGGAAGGAUAAGAUUAUGGAGAAAAAUCAUGCUGAAUACAUGAAAGCUGAGAGGGAGAUUUUGACAAAGAUUGAGCACCCCUUUAUUGUGCAACUUAGAUACUCUUUUCAGACAAAAUACAGAUUGUAUCUUGUGCUGGAUUUCGUAAAUGGGGGCCAUCUCUUCUUUCAGCUUUAUCACCAGGGCCUUUUCAGAGAGGAUCUUGCACGCAUAUAUGCCGCUGAGAUUGUUUCUGCAGUUUCCCAUCUCCACUCAAAAGGAAUAAUGCACAGGGAUCUAAAACCUGAAAAUAUCCUUAUGGAUGUCGAUGGCCAUGUUAUGUUGACUGAUUUUGGCUUAGCAAAACAAUUUGAAGAAAGUACAAGAUCUAAUUCGAUGUGUGGUACAUUAGAGUACAUGGCACCUGAAAUUAUUCUUGGCAAGGGCCAUGAUAAGGCUGCUGAUUGGUGGAGUGUAGGUGUCUUACUGUUUGAGAUGCUUACUGGGAAGCCACCCUUCUGUGGGGGGAACCGUGAGAAGAUUCAGCAGAAGAUAGUGAAAGAUAAGAUUAAGCUGCCAGGAUAUUUGUCAAGUGAAGCACAUGCACUGUUAAAAGGGCUGCUACAGAAGGAGGCGCCAAAGCGGUUGGGUUGUGGAGCUAAAGGGAUUUCGGAAAUUAAAGGGCACAAGUGGUUCAAACCGAUCAAUUGGAAGAAGUUAGAUGCACGUGAAAUUGAACCAAGCUUUAGGCCAGAAGUAGCUGGGAAGUACUGUGUUGCAAACUUUGAGAAGCGCUGGACUGAUAUGCCUGUUGUUGAUUCACCAGCUGCAAGCCCAAAUGGUGGAAACCCCUUCAAGGACUUCUCUUAUGUCAGACCUGCAGCCUCUUUUCUUCAACAGAAUAGCCCUGCUUGCUAA